CUCCUCCCAGGGCUUAUAAACACAACAGGCAAGUCUGUUAAAUUAGCUGGCCGCACCUAUGUUAGCUCCUUGCCUCUAGGCAGGUCGCAUUCAACCAUCUGAUCAGUCAAGAGUUCACCUGCCUCAGGGAGGGAGGAGAGGAGGCUGCAUUUGAAAGCCCCUUCCAGUUGCAAGAACCAGUGUCUCUCAGGUGGUGCAGUUGAAAGGACAAAGAUGUCGUCAGCAGCUGCUGCAGUCUCCUUGCCUACCGGCUUCUCGGUCCUGUCGACAUUUCCUGAUCUCCUCUUUAUCCCCGAAUUUGUCUUUGGAGGCCUUGUCUGGAUCCUGGUGGCCUCAACCAGGGUAGAUUCUCCAUUACUGCAAGGCUGGGUUAUGUUUGUCUCCGUGUUCUGCUUCACAUUUUCAACUCUUCUCAUGUGCCUCUAUUUCUGUGGCGCUCAUGGUGGAAAAUCUCCUUGGAUCGCAGUGGAUGCUUUCUAUCAUUCAGUGGCUGCUCUGUUUUACCUGAGUGCUGCUGUUUUACAAGCCACUGCCACCAUUGGGGCCCAAUCCAACAGCGACAAUGCCUCUCAAUUUAAAAUUUACCAGGAAGACAUUGCAGCAGUGGUAUUUGCAUUUUUAGCCACCUUGACGUACGUGAUCCAUAAAGGGUUCUCUCUGCUGAGAUGGAAAUCAUCAUAAAACCUCCAAAGCUUCCCCUAAGCCUUAAGGAAUCCAUCUUGAGCAUCCUUCCCAGUUACGAUCCAAGCAUACGUCGUUACAUGAUUGCUCGUCUUACACUGGUAUACUGUGAUGUACAGACUACUAUACAUUGCUUUGGACUUGGUACCAUGACAAUGAAGAAAAAAUCAGCCUGGAGAUAUCUAUUUUUCAGCAAAAUGGUUUCUUUUUGGUGUCUUCUAAGUCAGACACAGUUUUGUUGUAGGGAACUGGGAACCUGCUUUACUUCUCUCUGUUUUGUCCGAUCUCCCUGGGACUGGGCCAGCUGUUGGAAUGAAUCAAGGGCAUCUCUCAAUCCCCUGCCAGUGAAGGGAGCCUCGGGCUUUGGUGGAACUUUGGUCUCAACAGUUUAGCCUCCUGAGGACUGAAAUGCUUUAGUCUAAAUCAAGUCUGUGGGCUUAAUAUCGGGGUAUCUGGGUGAAAAUUAACUGGCCUGUGAAAUUCAGGGAGGUCAGACUAGAUGAUCUAAUGGUCUCUUUUAGCCUCAAACUCUAUGAAACUUUCAAAGGAAAGCCUCCCAACUGAGUACCUUGAUUCAUUCCUGGGGUCUACAAAUAACGACAUCAUUCACCACUGGCCCAUCUCUUUGCCUUCCUCUCUCUUUCAGAUUACUUCCUUGGGGAUUGUUUAAUUUUACAUAAACCACAUGCAGAGUAGCUCAAAGGGGCCCCGAUCCGGCAUUCAGCUCCAUGCAGACCUCUACUGACUUCAUGGGGGCUCUGCAAAGCUGCAGGAAUCUGCUUGCAGGAUCAGGGCCAUAUUCUGCAGCAACUGUCAAAGAAAGGCGAUAGUGUGUCUGUUGGCUCUUUGGGCAAGACAGACAGAAAAACGAGUGACAUGUUCUGUCAUUUUCUCAACACUGGGAGUGAGAAUGGAGAAGAAGCAGAUACACGAAUUGGUAAAAUUCACCACGUUGAACAGAAUAAUUCAAGCUGCGUCAGCAUUUUUAAGGUCACAAAUACGUAUACGUGCUGCUCUGACACCCUGAUGCCAAUAGGCCAAUUGCCACUGACUUCAAUGGAAGCAGGAACAGGGUCUAACAACUCAAAAUCCUGACGCUCUGAAAGAUACAUGCCACAUUUUCAAACUUAGCUGCCUAAUGUUAGACACCUGAAGCUGUAUUUGGGCGCUUAAUUUUAAGCACCUGAAUUUGAAUAUUUGAACCAAAAUAUUUUCUCUUCUUGAUCCAGACAGCAACAGACCUAGUACAAAAUCUCCUGGUACAUAGAAACACAGCUCUGGGACUUAUUCAUCGUAAGGGUUUUCCUUAACGUCUGUUGUAAAAGAACAGUAUUUCAGGCAGUCACUGUAAACAUUCUCUUCACUUUGCAAUGAGAAACAGGAACAACUAUUCUGCUUCCCUGGGGGGCAAUGUGAAUUUUUGCAAACUUUAGGGAUAUUCUUGAGUUAAGAGAGCAAAUUAUACAUCCAAGGAAUUACUGUUGUCUUAAUCAGAUGAGGGAAGAUUAUUUAGAUGGUGUGCUGCGUAGUCUGUAGGCUAACUUUAAAAUAAUGAUCACUGCAAUAGGGAUAAUAAACUAUUCUCAAACAAAUUGUAUGGUUUGUUCAUUAGGAAGAAUUCACAAAGAAAAUCUUUUGAAAUUUACAAAUACUGCAUAGCUAAUAAAAAAAAGUUUGACAUGGAUUUUCCAAAAA